UGGCCGGAGCCUGAACAUGUCUUUAACCGAUCGUCGUAGUUGUAUUGCGCUGUGGAUCUGCGCGCUGAGCGCCUGCCUCGCGUCGGCAAGCGCCCAAAAUGGCGGCGUCACCUGGAAUGCGGGCAAUGCCGCUGGCGCUGGUGCCUGGUCCAAUUCGCAGGCGGGCGGCGCACACGGCAUGCAUGCGCCGGGCAGCCUGGGCGGCGCAGAUCCUCAGUAUAGCUUCGGCUAUGCGGGCAUCGACUCGCGCGGUCCCUAUGGCGGAGCGGGCGGCAAUGGUGCCUACUACGUCAGCGGCACCGACGAGCAUGGACGACCCUUCUCCUACAAUGGCGGCGUGGGCGGACAGCCCAUGCCCCCGCCGCCUGGCUAUCCGAACAGCUAUGGCUACAGAUCGGCCGCCGGAGCGACUGUUGCGUCUGUGGGCGUGGCUCUAGCCCUAGCGCUGCUAGCGGCUAGAACUUAAAAAAAAUAACUUACAAAUUUAUUGUAUAUUUUUUUUUAAAUAAUCUAUAAAAUAUUGUUUAGUUUUAUUAUUAUUUUUUUUUUGUAUUAUUUUUAAGCAUUAUUUAUAGAUGUGAAAUACCAAAUUGAGUCUGCGAACUGCGAACAAUAAAAGACACAAAAGCGGCGCUUGUUA